CACCGCCUCUAGUACUCACUACUUGGCCGCUUGGAAAUCUCCCCACCGAGGAGGAUAUUUUACUCCUGAGAAGCAGGGCUGCUGGCUAUUGGCCAUCUUCUAAAGGCUUGCCGUUUGAGAUGAUACAGUAGAGGAUCUCAAGAUGAAGACAAGAUCCAGAAUAUAAUUGGGUUUAAUCUAGGCUGUCCUUAACAAACUCUGAAAACACCCGCAGACGCCCUUAACUUUCUCUGCAAAAAGGUGUUUCUGCACCCCUGGUAACCACACACACCUUCCCGCCAAGAUGGUGGUGCUGUCGCUGAAGAUCUGCGUGCGCCAGUGCAACGUGGUGAAGACCAUGCAGUUCGAGCCCUGCACGGCCGUCUACGACGCAUGCAGGAUCAUCCGCGAGCGCGUUGCUGAGGCGCAGGCUGGACAGGCCUCGGAUUAUGGCCUGUUCCUCUCCGACGAGGACCCCAGAAAAGGCAUCUGGCUGGAGUCGGGCAGGACCAUGGACUACUAUAUGCUCCGCAAUGGGGACAUCCUGGAGUACAAGAAGAAGCAGCGGCCUCAGAAGAUCAAGAUGCUUGACGGAGCGGUGAAGACCAUCAUGGUGGACGACUCCAAGACCGUGGGCGAGCUGCUGGUGACCAUCUGCAGCAGAAUAGGCAUCACCAACUACGAGGAGUACUCCCUCACCCAGGAGGGCGUAGAGGAGAAGAAGGAGGAGCACACGGGAACGCUGAAGAAGGACCGCACGUUGCUACGUGACGAGAAGAAGAUGGAGAAACUUAAGGCCAAGCUGCACACAGACGACGAACUGAACUGGCUGGACCACAGCAGGACCUUCCGGGAGCAGGGCGUGGAAGAGGUGGAGACGCUGCUGCUCAGGAGAAAGUUCUUCUACUCAGACCAGAACGUGGACUCCAGAGACCCGGUCCAGCUCAACCUGCUCUACGUGCAGGCCCGGGACGACAUCCUGAAUGGCUCUCACCCGGUCUCCUUCGACAAGGCAUGUCUGUUUGCUGGGAUUCAGGCCCAGAUCCAGUUUGGACCGUAUAUUGAGCACAAGCACAAACCAGGCUUCCUUGACUUGAAAGAGUUCCUGCCCAAAGAGUACAUCAAGCAGAAGGGCGCGGAGAAGAAAGUCUUCCAGGAUCACAGCAGUUGUGGAGAUAUGACCGAGAUCGAGACGAAAGUAAAAUAUGUCAAGCUUGCGAGAUCGCUCCGAACAUACGGUGUCACCUUCUUCCUGGUUAAGGAGAAGAUGAAGAGCAAGAACAAGCUGGUGCCUCGUCUGCUGGGCAUCACCAAGGAGUCCGUGCUGCGUGUGGAUGAGAGGACCAAGGACGUGGUGCAGGAGUGGCCCCUCACCACCGUCAAGAGGUGGGCCGCCUCGCCCAAGAGCUUCACCCUGGACUUUGGCGAGUACCAGGAGAGCUACUACUCUGUGCAGACCACAGAAGGAGAGCAGAUCUCCCAGCUCAUUGCAGGCUACAUCGACAUCAUCCUCAAGAAGAAGCAAAGCAAGGACCGCUUUGGGUUGGAGGGAGAUGAGGAGUCCACCAUGCUGGAGGAGUCGGUCUCCCCUAAAAAGUCCACCAUUCUCCAGCAGCAGUUCAACCGGGUGGGCCGGGUGGAGCACGGAUCGGUGGCCCUGCCGGGGGUGAUCCGCUCGGGCUCCGUCGGGGCCGAGUCCCUCAGCACGGGCACCAUGCCCUCCGCCCAGCAGCAGAUCACCAUGGGCCAGAUGCACCGGGGACACAUGCCCCCGCUGAGUUCCGCCCAGCAGGCUCUGAUGGGAACCAUCAACACCAGUAUGCAGGCGGUGCAGCAGGCCCAGAUAGACCUGGGAGAGGUGGACAACCUCCCCCCUCUGGGACAGGACAUGGCGUCCAAGGUUUGGAUCCAGAACAAGGUGGACGAGUCCAAGCAUGAGAUCCACUCCCAGGUGGACGCCAUCACAGCAGGAACCGCCUCCGUGGUCAACCUCACAGCAGGCGACCCCACGGACACGGACUACACGGCGGUGGGCUGCGCCAUCACCACCAUCUCGUCCAACCUGACGGAGAUGUCCAAGGGGGUGAAGCUGCUGGCGGCCCUGAUGGAGGACGACACCAGCGGGGGAAACCACCUGAUGGGUGCGGCCCGGACUCUGGCCGGCGCCGUGUCCGACCUGCUGAAGGCCGUGGAGCCCGCCUCCGGAGAGCCCAGACAGACUGUGCUGACCGCAGCAGGCAGCAUCGGCCAGGCCAGUGGGGACCUUCUGCGACACAUUGGGGAGAACGAGACAGAUGAGAGGUUCCAGGAUAUUCUGAUGAGUUUGGCGAAGGCGGUGGCCAACGCGGCCGCCAUGUUGGUUCUGAAGGCAAAGAACGUGGCCCAGGUGGCCGACGACACGGUGCUGCAGAACAGGGUCAUCGCCGCCGCGACGCAGUGCGCCCUGUCUACCUCCCAGCUUGUGGCCUGUGCCAAGGUGGUGAGUCCCACCAUCAGCUCCCCGGUGUGCCAGGAGCAGCUGAUCGAGGCUGGGAAGCUGGUGGACCGCUCGGUGGAGGGCUGCGUCCAGGCCUGCCUCUCCGCCACUGAGGACGGGGAGCUCCUCAAACAGGUGAGUGCGGCGGCCAGUGUGGUGAGCCAGGCCCUGGGAGAGCUCCUGCAGCACGUGCGGCAGUACACGUCGUGCGGGGAGCCCAUCGGACGCUACGACCAGGCCACCGACACCAUCAUGAACGUCACCGAGAACAUCUUCAGCUCCAUGGGAGACGCGGGUGAGAUGGUGCGGCAGGCGCGCGUGCUGGCCCAGGCGACCUCUGACCUGGUGAACGCCAUGCGCUCGGACGCCGAGGCGGAGGUGGACGUGGACAACUCCAAGAAGCUGCUGGCGGCGGCCAAGCUGCUGGCCGACGCCACGGCCAGGAUGGUGGAGGCGGCCAAGGGAGCCGCCGCGUACCCGGAGAACGAGGACCAGCAGCAGCGUCUGCGUGAGGCGGCCGAGGGCCUGCGUGUGGCUACCAACGCCGCGGCGCAGAACGCCAUCAAGAAGAAACUCAUCAACCGCCUUGAGAACGCAGCGAAGCAGGCCGCAGCAGCGGCUACGCAGACCAUCGCAGCGUCCCAGAACGCCGCGGCCUCCAACAAGAACACGUCUGCCCACCAGCAGCUAGUGCAGAGCUGCAAGGCCGUUGCCGACCACAUCCCUCAGCUGGUGCAGGGCGUGCGAGGUAGCCAGGCCCAGCCAGACGACCUCAGCGCUCAGCUGGCCCUUAUCAUUGCCAGCCAGAACUUCCUCCAGCCGGGGAGCAAGAUGGUGACAUCCUCAAAGUCCUCGGUUCCCACGGUAACGGACCAGGCGGCGGCCAUGCAGCUGGGCCAGUGUGCUAAGAACCUGGCCACGUGCCUGGCCGAGCUGAGGACAGCCGCGCAGAAGGCCCAUGAGGCAUGCGGGCCGAUGGAGAUAGACUCGGCUCUGACCUCCAUCCAGAACCUCAAGAGUGAGCUGCAGGACGCCCAGCUGGCCGCCGUCGCUGGCCAGCUUAAGCCCCUGCCUGGGGAAUCGCUGGAGAAGUGUGCCCAGGACCUGGGCAGCACGUCCAAGUCUGUUGGAUCGUCCAUGGCCCAGCUGCUCACCUGCGCUGCCCAGGGGAACGAACACUACACAGGCAUAGCGGCCAGUGAGACCGCCCAGGCGCUGAAGACCCUGGCCCAGGCGGCGAGGGGUGUGGCCGCCGCGACCACUGACCCCGCGGCCGCCGUCGCCAUGCUGGAGUCGGCGGGCGACGUGAUGGAGGGCUCGGCACUGCUGAUUCACGAGGCCAAGCAGGCGCUGGAAUGCCCCGGGGACGCCGAGAGCCAGCAGAGGCUGGCCCAGGUGGCCAAGGCAGUGUCCCACUCCCUCAACAGCUGCGUGAACUGCCUUCCGGGCCAGAAGGACGUGGACCUGGCCCUGCGCAGCAUCGGGGAGGCCAGCAAGAAGCUGCUGGUGGACAACGUCCCUCUCUCCUCCAAGUCCUUCCAGGAAGCCCAGAGUGAGCUGACUCACACGGCUGCCGAGCUCAACCAGUCGGCCGGCGACGUGGUCCACGCCUCCCGCAGCUCCAGCCGCCAGCUCGCCGCUGCCUCCGGCAAGUUCAGCCACGACUUCGACGACUUCCUGGACGCCGGCAUCGAGAUGGCCGGACACACCCCGAAGAAGGACGACCAGAUCCAGGUGAUCGGCAACUUGAAGAACAUCUCUAUGGCCUCCAGCAAGCUACUGCUGGCUGCCAAGUCCUUGUCCGUCGACCCUGCAGCCGCCAACGCAAAGAACCUGCUAUCAGCGGCUGCCAGAGCGGUCACAGACAGCAUCAACCAGCUGAUCACCCUGUGCACCCAGCAGGCCCCGGGCCAGAAGGAGUGUGACAACGCACUGAGAGAGCUGGAGGCCGUGAGAGGGUUGCUGGACAGCCCCAACGAGCCGGUCAGCGACCUCUCCUACUUCCACUGCAUCGAAAGCGUCAUGGAAAACUCCAAGGUGCUGGGGGAGUCCAUGGCGGGCAUUUCCCAGAACUGUAAGCUGGGAGACGUGGGGGCCUUCGGAGACUGCGUGGGGUCGGCCUCCAAGGCGCUGUGUGGUCUCACGGAGGCUGCAGGACAGGCGGCCUAUCUCGUAGGAGUAUCGGACCCCAACAGCCAGGCGGGUCACCAGGGUCUAGUGGACCCCAUACAGUUUGCCAAGGCCAACCAGGCCAUCCACAUGGCCUGUCAGAACCUGGUGGACCCCGACAGCAACCCCUCCCAGGUCCUGUCUGCGGCCACCAUUGUGGCCAAGCACACCUCCGCUCUGUGCAACGCGUGUCGCCUGGCCUCCUCCAAGACCUCCAACCCUGCCGCCAAGAGACACUUUGUCCAGUCGGCCAAGGAGGUCGCUAACAGCACGGCUAACCUGGUCAAAACCAUCAAGGCCCUUGACGGAGACUUUUCGGAGGAGAACAGGAACAAGUGUGGCGUUGCCACGGCGCCGCUCAUCGAGGCGGUGGAGAACCUCACGGCCUUCGCCUCCAACCCCGAGUUCGCCACCGUGCCGGCCAAGAUCAGCCGCCAGGGCUGUGCGGCCCAGGAACCCAUCAUCCUAUCGGCACGCUCCAUGCUAGACAGCUCCACCCACCUGUUGAAGACCGCACGAUCAUUGGUUAUCAACCCCAAGGACCCGCCCACCUGGUCUGUGCUGGCUGGUCACUCCCGAACCGUGUCUGACUCCAUCAAGGCCCUUAUCACCGCCAUCAGGGACAAGGCCCCAGGCCAGCGCGAGUGCGACUCGUCCAUUGAUAACAUCAACCAGUGUAUCCGGGACAUUGAGCAGGCGUCCCUGGCCGCAGUCAGCCAGAACCUGCCCUGCAGGGACGAUAUCUCACUGGAGGCGCUGCAAGACCAGCUGACGUCCAGCGUACAGGAGAUUGGUCACCUUAUCGAUCCCGUUUCCACGGCAGCCAGGGGCGAAGCAGCACAGCUCGGCCACAAGGUGGCCCAGUUGGCCGGCUACUUCGAGCCUCUGAUCGUGGCGUCGGUGGGCGUGGCUUCCAGGCUGAGGGACCACCAGCAGCAGAUGACCUUCCUGGACCAGACCAAGACGCUGGCAGAGUCCGCCCUACAGAUGCUCUAUGCAGCCAAAGAGGGGGGGGGCAACCCCAAGGCAUCGCAUACCCACGAGGCCAUAGCGGAGGCUGCUCAGCUGAUGCGGGAGGCGGUGGAUGACAUCAUGAUCACCUUGAACGAUGCGGCCAGCGAGGGGGGGAUGGUGGGCGGCAUGGUGGACUCCAUCGCUGAGGCCAUGAGCAAGCUGGAUGAAGGCACCCCCCCGGGGCUGGAGGGCUGCUUCGUGGACUACCAGACCAACAUGGUGAGGCACUCCAAGGCCAUCGCAGUCACCGCACAGGAAAUGAUGACCAGGUCGGUGACCUGUCCAGAGGAGCUGGGGGGGCUGGCCUCCCAGGUGACGGUGGACUACGGCCAGCUCGCCGUCCAAGGGCGUCUGGCCGCCCACACAGCUGAGCCUGAGGAGAUCGGGUUCCAGAUCAAGACCCGGGUGCAGGACCUGGGGCACGGCUGCAUCUUCCUGGUCCAGAAGGCCGGGGCGCUGCAGGGCAUGCCCUCGGACAGCUACACCAAGCGGGAGCUGAUCGAGUGCGCGCGGGCCGUCACCGAGAAGGUGUCUCUUGUCCUCUCGGCGCUACAGGCCGGUAACAAGGGCACGCAGGCCUGCAUCACGGCCGGCAGCGCGGUGUCCGGCAUCAUCGCUGACCUGGACACCACCAUCAUGUUCGCCUCCGCCGGCACCCUCAACGCUGAGGACAACGAGUCCUUCGCCGACCACAGGGAGAGCAUCCUGAAGACAGCCAAGGCCCUGGUGGAGGACACCAAGAUGCUGGUGUCCGGGGCGGCGUCGGGCCAGGACCGGCUGGCCCAGGCGGCCCAGUCCUCGGCCAAGACCAUCACCCUGCUCACCGACGUGGUCAAGCUGGGCGCCGCCAGCAUCGGCUCUGACGACCCCGAGACCCAGGUAGUAGUCCUUAUAAACGCGGUGAAGGACGUGGCCAAGGCACUAGGGGAGCUCAUCAGUGCCACCAAGUGUGCAGCUGGCAAAGCUGCAGACGACCCGUCCAUGUACCAGCUGAAGGGGGCUGCCAAGGUGAUGGUGACCAACGUGACGUCCCUGCUGAAGACGGUGAAGGCGGUGGAGGACGAGGCCACGCGGGGCACCAGGGCCCUGGAGGCCACCAUCGAGUGCAUCAAGCAGGAGCUCACGGUGUUCCAGUCCAGAGAGCCGCCCGCCAACUCAACCACGCCCGAGGAAUUCAUCCGCAUGACCAAGGGCAUCACCAAUGCAACGGCCAAGGCGGUCGCCGCGGGCAACUCGGGCCAACAGGAAGACAUCAUCAGCACGGCCAACCUGAGCCGCAAGGCCAUCACAGACAUGUUGACCACGUGCAAGAAAGCGGCGUUCCACUCGGAGGUGAGCGAGGAGGUCCGGAGCCGAGCCCUGAUGUUUGGGACGGAGUGUACCACGGGAUACAUCGACCUCCUGGAGCACGUGCUGCAGGUGUUGCAGAAGCCCACACCCGAGCAGAAGCAGCAGCUGGCUGUGUGUUCCAAGCGGGUAGCGGGAGCUGUCACUGAACUCAUCCAGACCGCAGAGGCUAUGAAAGGCGCUGAGUGGGUGGACCCCGAGGACCCCACUGUCAUCGCAGAGACCGAGCUACUGGGCGCGGCCGCGUCCAUCGAAGCCGCGGCCAAGAAGCUGGAGCAACUGAAACCCCGGGCCAAGCCUAAGCAAGCUGACGAGUCCCUGGACUUUGAGGAGCAGAUCCUGGAGGCGGCCAAGUCCAUCGCUGCGGCCACCAGCGCCCUGGUGAAGUCUGCCUCGGCGGCCCAGAGAGAGCUAGUGGCCCAGGGCAAGGUGGGCUCCAUCCAGGCCAACGCCGUGGACGACGGCCAGUGGUCCCAGGGACUCAUCUCAGCCGCGCGCCUGGUUGCCGCGGCGACCAGUAACCUGUGCGAGGCGGCCAAUGCGUCGGUGCAGGGCCACGCCAGUGAGGAGAAGCUCAUCUCCUCAGCCAAGCAGGUGGCCGCCUCCACCGCCCAGCUGCUGGUCGCCUGCAAGGUGAAGGCUGACCAGGACUCAGAGGCCAUGAGGAGGCUGCAGGCUGCAGGCAACGCAGUGAAGCGAGCGUCUGACAACCUGGUGCGGGCCGCCCAGAAGGCUGCCUUCGACAAGGCCGACGACGACAACGUGGUGGUGAAGACCAAGUUUGUGGGUGGAAUCGCACAGAUCAUCGCCGCCCAGGAGGAGAUGUUAAGGAAGGAGCGGGAGCUGGAGGAAGCCAGGAAGAAGCUAGCUCAGAUCCGCCAGCAGCAGUACAAGUUCCUGCCCACGGAGCUGCGGGAGGACAGCAACUGAUGAGCCCCUGACUCCCUCCUACCCCCCGUCCCCCCCACACCCAAUCCCGGUGGAAGGCACCUAGACCGUUAUGGCGCCGUUAUGGACACCAACACGGCCACAGUGGCCUCUCUUCAAAACGUGAUUUAGCAGACGGCUCCCACCCAGUUUGUCCUACAAUACAAUGUCCUCAGCCCCUCCCCCCGCACAGUGUUCUACGGUCAGGAGAAGUAUAUAAGAGGCUUUUUACUGUUUCUUUUCUGUUUUGACGUCAACCUAAAUAGGGUAGAUUUUUAGUCUUGUGGUCAUCGUAAAUAACUGCUCUAUUCCCUUAUUGGUAUGCAGCAGGAGCAAGUGGAUGUUCUGAAAAGAAUGUAAGAUGCUUUGGGCAAAUGGUACCAACAAUGUGUUCUCAGGUUUGCCCCAAAGCUUCUCUUUGUUUUUCGUUUAUUUUCAUCACCCUCCCCUCCCCUCCGCAGUGCUUGUUUUCAAGUAACCUUAACAAAUACAGUGUUCCAAAGUGGCCUCGGAUUACAGUAAAGUUAGGUUUGAUUGUCGGCUAGUAGUGUCAGAUAUAUUGGAUAACUGGUGAAAAUAGUUUGGAUUAACACUGUGGAUUGGACAUUAGGUGAUAGUAUAAGGGCAUAACAUUUCUAUGUAAUGGACCAUUUUGAGAGAAGGAAGGUAUUUAGGAGAAAGGAAAUGUAUACAAACAGGCCUGUGUUUUGAGGCUGAGCUAUAUGACAUUAGAGGAAUCUGUUGUGAUAUUUUUAACCCUUCCUACUCAACACCAUGUGAAGCAAUAUGGAUACAUUUCUAACAUGGAAUUUGAAUAUUCUCAUCUGGGUCCUCUAGGGUUAAUGUCUAUUUCUCAUUCACCACAGUUUUCCCAUUGAGCCUUAUCAUGAUACAGUAGAUAUCGACAGGUGUAUGCAAUAACACAGUAUUGGCUGCAGAGGGCAGUAUGGGUUUGUGAUACAUUAUAAAGUGAUUAUUUUCUUAAAACGUGACAGCACAUAUAUUCGAUGAUUAAAAAUAAAUACUUUGGAUGAUUUGAAAAAGAACGUCCAAAAUAUAAAAAACUAAAUAUGCGACAGAAGAAGGUAUUCGACGAGACUAUUCAUAUUACUUUGCAUCCUAAUUGACUUUGCCUAUCAAUGUUUAAUACCCAUUCCAAUGCAGCAAUACCAAAAUCAAUCACUUUUGAGAAAAUGAUCCCUAAAAAGAUAUAUAUUUUUUUCCCUUUAAUGUUAUCCAAAGACACGUUGUUUUAGUCCUACAUAAAGGAAGACGUUUCAAGAAAUGUGAAGAGCUGGUAUUUCUCUGUCCCCUUGAUUCUAACGGUGCUCUAGGCAGCCUUGGUGGGUGCGAAACUCGCUACUGCAAUAUCGGAACCCUUUGUUUACAGAGUGUUAUGGUGCGUUUGGUUCUCGUGUCUUACUGAUAUAAGCUGUGUGUGUUGUGCUAUUAGGUCCUGCUCUCUUUGUGUGAGACAAUGCAUGCAUGGCUUUGUAGUAACAACGCCUUUCCACCUGUUUUCCACCCAAGAACUCAUGAAGCCGAUCUGCAAAAAACGUAAGGAGAAAGUAUAGUGUCGUCUGCAAAACGGAGCGGUUAUCGUUGUCCUUCUUAAGCAGAGUGAAGUUCAGUGGUGUCUGUGCUGGUAUGUCGUGUGUCCAUCAGAACAAGUCUAGUGUGUUUAUGAUUAGUGCCUUAGUCUUUAGCCGACACAGUGUCUGGUCUGCUUGAUUGACCGCUUCACCUCUUUGGUUCAUGCAACUUAAUGAUCACAUGGUAGGAUUUGACGUCCCAUCGCCAAGUCUCUUCUCAUCUCUCCCCAUGCAUAUACAGGGCCUUUUCGGGAAUUUGGAUUUUUCCGUAAAUUGAACGAGAAUGUGUCUGUGUGAAAUGUACUAUCACGAUAUAGAUAUAUAUAAUGUGUGUGCAUAUUAUAGAAACAAGGACAACAUUUUUGUACUGCUUUCCAUGGGCAUGUGACACAAUGGUUGUGAGGAAGGACAAAACGGGGACAAGAUACAAGUUCCGGCUCCGUCCACAGUGUUGUUGUACAUUACAAGAAGAAGAAAAAAAUGAUCCCUAACCUUUUAUGAACAGAAUGUCGUUUUUUUCUUGAACUCUAUGCCACAAUGGAAGUUAAAUGUAACACAGAUCUGAAAAUGUAUGGCUGUCACAAUCUCGUGUGGCAUUUUUAACUGACAAGUGAAAUUGAAGUGCUUUUCCGUAAAAAUCAUUUCGGAACAUGAAGGUAUACAGUAAGGUGAAGAACCAAUGUGAAAUGUAUUUAAGUGGCCUCGAGAAAAACUAUUUUUUGUAUUCAAUGAUAAUAAAGGGUUUGAACAUUA